AUGACCUGUCGGUGCAGCGCCCGCUGCCAGGGCGCCAUCUCCGCCCACUCCUCGGGGGAGAAACGCACGGCCACCUCCUCGAAUGUCACCUCGGGGGGCACCCCCUGGCAGGGACAGCGGGGGGCUCAGGGGGGCCGCGGCACCGCCCCUCGCUGGGCACGCCCAGGGCGCCCCCCCGGGCUCUGCGUGCCCGAGCCCCCGCUAAUCCCCACCGGAGGCGUCGGGACGGCCCCGCCGCCCCCCCCACCCUCCGCAGGGACCCCCGGAGCCCCCCCCCCGCCCCGGGGCAGGACGCGGCGGCCGCUGCCUCCCGAGCCCCCGGGCACGGCCCGGGCUCACCCGCUGCAUGGCCGGGCGGGGCCGAUGGCGGCGGCGGAAGGGGCCGGGCUGGGGGGGCGGCACGAGGGGGGGAAGAGCACCGGAACCGGGUGUUGGGGGCGCCGGGGGGCCCCCGGGCGAGGAGGGGCUCUGCCGGUGCGGCGGCGGCUGCACCGGUGGGUGCCGGGGUCCGGCCCCUUCCCCGUGCCCGGUGGGCCCGGGAUCCGGCCCCCUCCGCACGAACAGCGUCACCCACCCCCCAAACGGGGCUCCCCGGGGACACCGCCCCCGUCCGAGUCUGCCCCCCGCCAAAUCCCGAGGAACCGGCCGGGUGACUCCGGGGAUCCGGGCGCUCCGCACUGCAGGCUCCCACACCGGCGGACCCCAGCCCGAAGGGUCCCACACCGCGUGUCAGCCCCCCGGGACAGGGACACCGGGGUCCCCCCGGGUCCUGCCCUGCAGCCCCUGUGCCCAAACCUCCCAGAACCCACCCGGGUGGCACCGGGUGUCCCCAGCCACACGCCUGGCCAGUGGCACAGGGUGUCUGUGUCCCAGUCGGUCCCCAGUGAAGCCCCAGUGUGA